AUGUUUUGCGCGUCUUUGAGAAAACGUCCGCUGUGGCGUAUUGUUGGCCCUGUCCUCGCCUCCACAGGGUCACCGAAAUUGAGAGGUCCCUUGCCCCCAUCUUGUCGUCAGUUUAUUGUGGCUCACCAUCCCGUAGAAACGAAACUAGGCACACACGAUUUCCAACUGCCAUUGAAUGUUCGUGGAACUGGAAGCCAGAGAAUCCUCCAUGUCUUGCUCGUUACGCCAGCAUCUGUUAGGGAUGCAGUGAAAGACGAUACAGUCACCCGUCUAGAACGGUUUAUUGCAUUGACUAUCGAGAGCGACCUUGUCAUAGCUCUUUUGCUCUCGGAGGAAAAGGCCACUGGAUCCAACAGCCAAAAAGCGGACAUGAUGCCUCUUCUUCUGCUACAAAAGCUCAUGCUUGAGCAUUUACCAAUAAGCCUUCCGGUUAUCCCCAUCCAGCAUCCAGAGUUGCUCGUACCGGCUUUACAAUCACACCUCAAGGAAACCUCUCGCGAAAUCCAGCAGACAUUCUCAUGUGCUCCGGCAGAUCUAGUCCCAUACUGCACAGCCACAGAUCCUUACCGCCCUUUAGACCAACACACAGUUAAUAUUCUUAGUGAUCUAUUUCCGACAGUGCGAGAUCUGUGUUUGGGAGUGAGAACCGACACAGGACGACGGCUUUUGAGGGAGUAUUUUGAUCCACAGGCAGUACAAGGUAUUCUGUCAUUCUGGGCAGGGUCUUCAAAUGACAUUUGA